AUGAUUCGGUCAAACCCUAACCCCGAGAAUCCUGAACAGUCAGGCUACAAUUGCGCGUCUUGUCAACGUCCGGAUAAUGACGAAACGAAUAUGGUGUUUUGCGACCAUUGUCAGCGAUGGUACCAUUUCGGUUGUGCUGGUGUUACGGAUGAUGUGCGUAACGUCUCAUGGUACUGCCAGGAUUGCGAAGAAGGUGAAGCGGAUGGUGCUGGUUCGUCUGAGCUGCUAGAGGAGUUAAAACAGCUCGAAGCGGAAAAGAAGAGGCAGAAGGCGAAAAUGGAACGGGAGAAGACUCUGCACCGGAAGCGGCUGGAGAUGCAGCAGGAGCUAUUUGAAAUGCGUCAGCAACUGGAACGGGAAAAGCGAGCGAUGGAAUUCGAGUACGAGAAGGCGCAAAUGGAGAAGAAACUUGCGGAAGAAAAGGACCACCAGAAGAAACUCGACGAGAUGCGGACGGAAAUGGAGGAUAAGCUGCUGCAGUUGAAGCUGAAGCGGAACAAGAAUACCGGUAGCAGUAGAAUGCUGGAAGCCGAUGCUCAAGGUGUGGAUAAGGAUGACUCAAAGAAGAAGAAGCAAAAGAAGACGAAGUCGGAAAGCACACAACCAGGGAAAACAAAGCCUGAGAAGAAAAAGUCGGGAAAAGGAAAGCCUGGAGGUGCAGAUCUGGCAGUCGCGACUCUUGCUGAUAUUCGUGGAGCGUACCGUAAGCAUUCAACACCGAAAGUGGAAGACAAGCAUACAAGAAAGCUAGUUGGAGGUCCGCCGACGCUACCGGAAAGUUUCCUGAUCGGUCGAGACAAAAAUGAAACGCCCUUUGGUCACCCGGAAGUCCCAAGGAAGAAGGGCAGUAGUAGCAGUAGAAAAAUGAAGGAACUGAAAGAAGUUUCGGAGUCUGAGAGCGGAAAUAGUUCCGAAGAAAAAUCUUCGGAAGAGAACGAGAGCGGCGAAGCAGAAGAGAGUUCCGAAGAGGAAGAAAAUAGUGCCGAGGAGGAGGAAGAUAGUUCCGAAGCGGAAGGAAGUGUCGAAACUAAGGAAGAGAGUUCCGACGAAGAGGAGGACCGAAGAGAGUCUCGACGUAGAAGCGAAGGGAUGCAGAGACGAAGAAGCCAUCAUCAGGAACUCACGAAGGCCCAGUUGUCCUCGCGCCAAUUCCUUUCCAAAAAAUUGCCUACCUUUUCUGGCAAGCUGGAAGAAUGGCCGAUGUUCAUAAGCAGUUAUGAGACAUCGACGAAAGCGUGCGGGUUUUCUAAUCUCGAAAACUUAGCGCGGCUUCAAGAAUGCCUGAGAGGAGAAGCAUUGGAAGCGGUCAGAAGCCGACUUCUAUUACCAAAAGCGGUUCCAAAGAUCAUCGAAACUUUACGGAUGUUGUUUGGACGCCCCGAGAAACUUCUCAACAUGCUGUUAAAAAAGGUUCGAAAUGCAGCACCACCGAGAGCAGACCGCCUAUCGAGCUUCAUUAGCUUCGGGAUGGUAGUACAACAAUUAACCGAUCAUCUCGAAGCUACAAGUCUCACCGCUCAUCUAGUGAACCCGAUGCUGAUUCAAGAGCUGACAGAGAAGCUGCCAGCAGGAACUCAGCUGGAGUGGCGGCGAUAUCGAAGGAAGAGUAAAAUGGUAACGUUGCGUACUCUAUCGAACUUUUUGUCAAACAUCGUGAAGGACGCAAGCGAAGUGGCGUCGUACGGAGAAGCAACCCGGUUCAUCGAACAAGGUUUGCGAAAAGAGAAAUCGAAGCGAGAGCACGAAGGAUUUCUGCACGCUCAUAGCGUAGAGCAGAAUAGGAGUCAAAGUCCACCGGCGAAGGAAAGAAAACCGUGCCGAAUUUGUGGCAGAAUCGACCACAGAAUAAGAAACUGUGAAGCGUUUCGUCGAUUACGUCUAGCCGACCGCUGGGAUGCGGUCCGAAGGUGGCAGCUUUGCCAGGUGUGCUUGAACGAACACGGAAACGCCCAGUGCAAACUAAACUUCCGUUGCAAUGUCGAUUCGUGUAAAGAGCGACACCACCCGUUACUCCAUUUAGUGGUAUCCGUAAUCGGUUCGAACUGCAACAUGCACGCUGUCCAACCGAGGCCUUCAGUCAUCUUUCGCAUGAUGCCUGUCACACUGUAUAAUAAAAAUUGCACAGUGGAUACGAUCGCAUUUUUGGAUGAAGGAUCAUCGUACACGCUGGUGGAGAAAUCACUAAUGAACGUUCUGGGAGUUCAGGGUGUGACUCAACCGCUUCGCGUAACAUGGACAGCCGGAGUUUCACGACUCGAGAAGGGCUCUCAAAGAGUGAACCUUUGCAUCUCGGCACGAGGAUCAAAGCAACGUUUUCCGCUGAAAGGUGCACACACGGUGGAAAGUCUAAAGCUUCCACAACACACGCUAAAUGUUUCGGAGCUGGUAAAGGAGUACUCUCAUCUUCGUGGCCUACCAGUUGCCGAAUUUCAGCAAGCAGCUCCUAAGAUUCUGAUCGGCCUCAGGGAUAUACACUUGUAUGCACCGAUCGAAUCACGAAUAGGUCGACCAGAAGAACCAAUAGCAGUUAGGUCGAAGCUUGGCUGGACUGUCUACGGGCCGACGAGCAUACACCACUCGGACGCAGGAUUAAUCGGGCACCAUGAAUGCAGUGCCGUGUCGAAUCAAGAGCUUCAUGACCUCCUGAAGAGCCACUAUACGAUGGAGGAGUCAGGGAUCUCCGUAGCCUUGCUUCCUGAAUCGAAAGAAGACAGGAGAGCGAACGAGAUCUUGAAGAGUACGACGGUGAGGAUAGGUGAUCGUUUCGAAACGGGUCUGCUGUGGAAGGAGGAUGACCCAAGCUUUCCCGACAGCUUCCCUAUGGCGAUGAAACGUUUACAUUGUUUGGAGAAGCGCCUGAGUAGGAACCCCGAACUGUACGACAAAGUUCGCGGUAUGAUUGCCGAGUAUUUAGGGAAGGGAUACGCACAUAAAGCUACGUCGGCGGAAUUGCACGCGUUCGAUAGUAGUAAGGUUUGGUACGUGCCUUUGAACAUCGUGUACAAUCCGAGGAAAAAGAAGUAUCGCUUGGUUUGGGACGCCAGAGCAGAAGUGAAAGGAGUAUCGUUGAACUCGAAGCUGCUGAAGGGUCCGGAUAUGUUAACCGCAUUACCGGCGGUGGUUUGUAGAUUCCGCGAGAGAGUCAUCGGAUUUGGUGCAGAUAUAAAGGAAAUGUACCAUCAGCUGAGGAUCCGCGAGGCGGAUAAGCGCGUGCAAAGAUUCCUGUUCCGGAAUACUCCCGAAAUGAUCCCAGAUGUCUACGUGAUGGACGUAGCGACCUUCGGCUCUGCCAGCUCGCCGUGCUCCGCACAAUACGUGAAAAACGUGAACGCGAAGGAGUUCGCAAGGCAGUUUCCGGAGGCAGCGGAAAAAAUAGAAAAAAACCACUACGUCGACGACUACUUCGAUAGCGCAGAUACAGUCGAUGAAGCAGUGGGACGAGCGAAAGAAGUUCGCUUCGUUCAUUCCAAAGGCGGAUUCGAACUGCGAAACUGGGUGUCGAACUCCGAAGAGUUCCUUCAGGCCAUGGGGAAGCAGCAAACAGACCAGUGCGUACGUUUCAGUGAGGACAAGGAAACGGGUCUUGAGCGAGUACUAGGCAUUGUCUGGAACCCUGCCAGCGACGAGUUCUCGUUUUCCAUCGAGCUGAGGGACGAUCUUGUGCCGUACUUGUCAGGCAAGCGGCUGCCGACAAAGAGAAUCGUGAUGAGCUGCGUCAUGAGCUUCUUCGAUCCGCUAGGACUACUGUCUGUUUUCACCUUUUACGGGAAACUUUUAAUCCAGGAGCUGUGGCGCAGUGGAUGCGAUUGGGACCAACAAAUAGCUGGAGAGAAUGCGGAGAAAUGGAAUCAGUGGAUUGCAAGGCUUCCGGAGGUUGAAAACGUCCGCAUUCCCCGGUAUUACUUUCGUGGCGGACAUGACUUGGAUUUCAGUAGCAUUCAACUUCACGUCUUCGUCGAUGCCAGCGAAGGUGCAUACGGGGCUGCAGGGUAUCUGCGGAUUGAGACGGUUGAUGGUCCGAUGUGUUCGUUGGUGAUGGCGAGAUCGAAGGUCGCACCACUUAAGCAUCUCUCAAUUCCUCGUCUGGAGCUGCAAGCAGCAGUGUUGGGAGCCAGACUGGCAAAUUCCGUCGUUGAAAUGUUAUGCUUUGACGUAAAGCAGCGAUACUUCUGGAGUGAUUCGAAGACUGUGCUGUCGUGGAUUCAUUCGGACCACCGACGGUACAAGCAAUUCGUCGCCUUCCGGAUUGGAGAAAUCCUCAGUCUUUCAAAGCUAAGAGAUUGGCGAUGGGUUCCGACUAAGCUCAACAUAGCAGAUGCUAUGACGAAGUGGAACAAAAAGCACUCUAUGUGUUCAGAUGGGCCAUGGUUUCGAGGCCAGGGUUUCCUGUAUUUUCCGGAAGAGAAAUGGCCAGAUCAAGGUGAGAUUACGCCGAACGACCAGGAAGAAUUGCGGGCAUGCUUCCUUUUCCACGACAUCAGAAUAACAGAACAGGUCGUAGACCCUCAGCGGUUUUCUCGAUGGAAGGUUUUAGUUCGGACAGUGGCGUGUAUCUACAGAUUUGCGUCAAACUGCAAAAGAAAACGAGAGGGUCUGAAAAUCGAAGCGAUUCCGACGACCGCGAAAUUGAAGAGGCACGUGAAGGGAAAUGUACCCGCAAAUACGUCGUCGCUGACUCGAGAGGAGUAUCAGGCAGCGGAGGCGUACCUCUGGAGAUCAGCGCAAGCAGACAGAUUUCCUGACGAGAUAAAGGUGCUGAAGAAGAAUCGAGAGCUACCGUAUGAAGAGUGGUAUCGGCUGGAUAAAGAUAGCUAUCUAUACAGCAUGAGUCCUUUUCUAGACGAACAGAAUGUGCUCAGGAUGGAAGGAAGAGCCGCUCGAGGAUCAUCGUUGCCAUUCGAGCUUAAAUUUCCGAUCAUCCUGCCGAAAAGGCAUCCGGUAACCGACAAAUUGCUCGAGUACUACCAUCAGCAAGUAGCACAUGGCAACAUAGAAACUGCCGUUAACGAAAUUUGGCAACGUUUUCGCGUACAACAUCUGCGGGCGGAGAUGAAAAGGAUAGCGAAAUCGUGCAUCUGGUGCAAAGUAAAAAAGUGCAAGCCGCAAAACCCUAGAAUGGCACCACUACCAGUGCCACGCAUCACGCCAAAUCAGCCACCGUUCAGUUAUACCGGCGUAGAUUUUUGUGGACCGUUUACCGUAACCGUUGGUCGUAGAUCGGAGAAGAGGUACGUCUCUUUGUUCACCUGCCUGACAACGAGAGCCAUACACCUUGAGGUCGCUCAUAGCCUGACGACUCAAGCGUGCUUGAUGGCCAUACGCCGUUUCGUGUGCCGCAGAGGCAAACCGCUGGAGUUUUUUUCGGACAACGGAACAAAUUUCCAAGCAGCCAGCAAAGAGGUCGUAAGACAAAUUGGAGCCGAUGCAGCAGAAGCGUUCACAGAUUCAACAACCCGAUGGAAUUUUAAUCCACCCAGCGCACCGCACAUGGGCGGGGCUUGGGAGAGGCUGGUACGUUCUCUCAAGACAGCGUUGACCGUGAUCGAUGAUGGAAGAGCGAUGAACGACGAAAUACUGCUGACUGUACUCGCAGAAGCUGAGGAUCUAAUUAAUUCGCGCCCUCUGACGUACAGAUCCCUGGAGCCAGAAGUGGAAGAAGCACUGACGCCGAAUCACUUCGUUCGUGGCGUUGGCGGAAUUUCCGUAGAACAUGCCGUGCUUCCGACGAAUGAAGCUGCAGCUUUGCGCGACCGUUACAAGCGGUCCCAAUUGUUAGCGGACAGACUGUGGACUCGGUGGGUUUCCGAAUACUUGCCGUCGAUAAAUCAGCGGACAAAGUGGCAUACGGAGACAUGUCCACUGGCGAGUGGUGAUCUGGUGUACAUCGCAGACGAAAUGAUACGAAAGAGUUGGGUUCGUGGUAUCGUCCUCGAAGUCUACAGCGGAGCGGACGGUAGAAUCAGGCAAGCCCUGGUGAAGACGUCGAGAGGUGAGUUCAGACGGCCAGUUACGAAGCUUGCGGUGCUCGAAGUCCAGGAUCGUAAAUCUGGUUCGGCCAAGGAGACCUCGCCAGAGUUACGGGGAGGGGCUGUGUACGCACCGCCCAAAUACAACCGACCGCAAACACCCCCCGUGUGA